UGGAAUAUUUUCGGGUUCGAGCCCUACACAUUAUCAAGACCUUCAUUUCCACAUGGAUUCAUCAGUGGGGCAUACGGCUUUGGAUGGAUCAAAGGAUACCAAAAAGGAUAUGCAAUGGUUCAUCAACAAGGAGAAUUUGCUUAUUACCGUACUCAUGUCGUUAUCUGGCCCGAUCUAGACUUGGCCUUGUUCCUUACCUCAAAUGGGAGACGAUAUAUUGACCAACGGGAUGCCAUGAUUGCAAAUAUGAUAUAUAUUCUUGAUGUCAUGAAUGGGGAUGUUCCCUGGCUAAAUACAACUACCGGGUGUAGUUUUCCAGAGCCAUUGAAGACGACAGACGAAGAGCUCCCCGAACCCAUUCCUACAGACCUCAAAGCAGAGUUACCGUUAAAGAAAUAUGUAGGUUACUACGGACAACCGGGUUAUGGAUGCUUUCAAGUGACAUUAAGCAAAAGACUCUGGGAAAUUAAUUCAGGAAAGAUGAAAAGGGUACUAGGAAUGAAGUAUGGAAAGACGGGAGAAUUCGAUCUUUAUGCCACUGGUAACGGAAACGAGUUCUGGCGAAAAGGCAGAAAUGAAUAUUUUUUGCUACUUCGAGGGUUAUCGCUUCGCUUCAAUUAUCCUUGAUUUGAUACAUAAGGUCCACAUGACCAUAAAUAAUGAGCAGAAAUUUGAGGAUUAUCAACCAGAGUACAUUUGUGGGAUGUAUGUUAAUGCAGUAAGGACAUUUAUCCCAUACUUGGACGUGUUACAGGUACAUAAAUCCGGUUUGUAAAAA